CGGAGCGCGCGCGCCAUGGACGUGAAGCGGCUGAAGGUGACGGAGCUGCGGGCCGAGCUCGGGCGGCGCGGCCUGGAUUCGCGCGGCUUGAAAGUGGAGCUGGCCCAGCGGCUCCAGGAGGCCCUGGACGCCGAGAUGCUGGCGGCCGGGCCUGAGGAGGCCGGGGCGGAGGCCGGGAUGGCCGCGGCGGCGGCGGCCGGGCAGAGCCUGGGCAGGGCCCGCCUGGGCGUCGGAGGCGACAUCGAGGACGACGACGACGAGGACGAGGAGGAGGAGGAGGAGGAAGACGAGGAGGAGGAGGACGAGGAGGCGCUGCUGGCCGACGAGGAGGAGCCGGCGGCGCUGCCGCCGCAGCAGCAAGCGGGGGGCGGCCAGGCCCAGGCCCCGCAGGCCGGCGAGCAGGGCGAAGGCCCGGCGCCGCCGCCGCAGCCUGGCACUGGCGGCGGCGGCGUCAACGCGGCGGCGGCGGCGGCGGCGGGGGGAGACGCCGAGGCCCAGCAGGAAGGCGCGCAGCCGGCAAAUGAGGAAGAUGAGAAAGCCAAGCAGGCUGGUCCAGAUGGUGAACGCCACGGGCUGAAAAGGCAACGGGACGAGAAGGAAGAGCAUGGCCGUGCUUACUAUGAGUUCCGAGAGGAGGCGUACAGUAGCCGAUCCAAGUCUCCACCGCCACCGGAAGAGGAGCCCAGGGAAGAGGAUGAGGAGACCGUUGUGAUCCUGGACACAUAUACAUCCGAUCUCCAUUUCCGAGCCACCAAGGACCGCUACGGAGGACAGCCUCUGUUCUCCGAAAAAUUCCCCAAUCUGUGGUCUGGAGCAAGAAGUACGCAUGGAGUGAAAAAGGGGAAGGUCUGCUUUGAGGCCAAGGUGGCACAAAACCUCCCGCUGAAGGAGGGCUGCACGGAAUCCCAGCUGCUUCGUGUCGGAUGGUCCGUGGAUCUCUCUCGGCUGCAGCUAGGUGAGGAUGAGUUUUCUUAUGGCUACGAUGGACGAGGGUUGAAGGCUGCAAAUGGGCAAUUCGAAGACUUUGCUCAGCCCUUUGGGGAGAAUGAUGUGAUCGGUUGCUUUGCUAAUUUCGAGAGCGAAGAGGUGGAGCUGUCCUUCUCCAAGAACGGGGAGGACCUGGGGGUGGCCUUCCGGAUCAGCAAGGAGGGGCUGGGCGACAGAGCUUUGCUGCCCCACGUGCUGUGCAAAAACUGCGUCGUGGAGGUCAACUUUGGCCAGAAGGAGGAGCCUUUCUUCCCAGUCCCUGAGGACUACGUCUUCAUCCACGCCGUCCCGGUCGAGGAUCGAGUGCGCACUCCGCUGCCACCAAAAACUCCUGGAGAGUGUGAGGUGCUGCUCAUGGUAGGACUGCCAGGAUGUGGAAAAACCCACUGGGCUCAGAAGCACACCCAGGAGAACCAAGAGAAGCGCUAUAACAUUCUGGGGACAGACACCAUUCUCUUCCAAAUGAAGACAAAGGGCCCCCUUCCCGAAGAAGCCCUGGACACUGCAGCUCGAGACCUGCUGCUUCAGCAAGCUGCCCGCUGUGUCAGCAAGCUGGUCCGGAUUGCCCCCCGAACAAAGCGAAACUUUAUUCUUGAUCAGUGUAAUGUGUACAAUUCCGGCCAACGGCGGAAGCUGCUCCCCUUCAAAGGAUUCAUCCGUAAGGUGAUUGUGGUGGUUCCAAGUGAGGAGAACUGGAAAGAGAGGCUGGAGCAAAGGGAGGAGGCAGAAGGGGACAAAGUGCCUGAGUCGGUGAUCCUGGAGAUGAAAGCCAACUUCUCGCUUCCGGAUAAGUACGACUUCAUCGACGAAGUCCUGUAUGAAGCACUUGCCAAAGAGGAGGCGCAGACCCUCGUCACCAAAUACAAGGAGGAGGCCAGGAAGCUGCUCCCGCCCUCGGAGAAGCGGACGAACCGGCGCAACAACCGCAACAAGCGCAACCGCCAGAACCGCAACCGCGGCCAGGGAUAUGCUCAGCCCAGGCAACCCAGUAUGCAGCACCCCCCUGGGCUGCUGUUUGGCGGCCAGCGCCGAGGCGGCUACAACCACCGGGCCUAUGGGCAGCAGCAGCAGCAGCAGCAGCAGUACUGGGGGCAGCCUGGGAACAGAGGCGGUUACCGCAACUUCUACGACAGAUACAGGGGGGACUACAACCGGUUCUACGGACGUGAUUACGAGUACAACAGAUACAGAGACUACUACAGGGACUACAAUCGAGAGUGGCAGAACUACUACCAAGACAGAGACCGAUAUUACAGGAACUACUACGGCUACCAAGGGUACCGGUGAAAGCCCUGCCGUCUCCACCCUUCAGCGAAGCCGUGAGGCUCAGUGGAGGGGGCAUCUCUGCCACUUCCCACGACAUGCAAGCGAUGGAAACUGGGCUGUUGGGGAGAGUCGGCAGCAGGGUUGGCGGAAGGGGUGGGGAGGUUUAAAAAAAAAAAAAAGAAAUUGUAAAUUUUUUUUAAAGUUUGUUGAAAAGAAUAUUGUCUUCUAUAAAAAAAACACAAAAAAACCAUUUCAACCCUAGUUUAGACAUUUGUAAUCAAAAUGUUUGCGCAAAGAGAGCAGCACUUAGCGCUGCCUGUGAUUGGACAGGAAAACGUGACAUCAUAGAGCAGCUGGACUGGCAGCUGGGGAGGAGGGAGGUGAGGGGCUUGCAGGCUGAUGGGACUCGGUAGCAGGCUGGGGAGAUGCAGGGAACUGAUGGCCAUGGGGUGCGGGGAUAGACAACUUCUGGCUUCUCCCAACUUACGCAAAACAAAACCUACGUAGGGUUCUUGUUUGCCACUCUGUUUUUUUCCUGGGCAGGGGGCAGUGGCGUGACUUCUUACGAGCACGGAAAUAUUUCCUGUCCUGGAGCCACCGAGAGAGGUCGUGGUGCUCCUCCUCACCUCGCUUCCAGAGUUUGGCCGAUGUUUUCAGACAGUGAAUUGCUGGGAGGCCUGUUGCACAGCCCAGGCCAGAGGCUUCUCUUGAGCUGCGCCCCUUUUUUUUCCAAGCAUCUCAUCAUCUUAAAGGCAUAGUUGCGAACCGUCGAACAGAACGAAACACGAUUUGCAAAGUUGCCACAUUUCUCUUCCUUUGUGGCCAAAGCAAGCUGCCUUGGGUAACCCACGCUGGAUUCUCUUCCUUUCCUCCCAAGACUUAGCUGGCCCGCUCAUCAUCUCUGUAUAGUAUCUGUCCUCUUUAUUUCCAUUCUUCCUUUCUUUUCCCCUUUCCUUUCUUUCUUUCUGUCUGUCUCUCUUUUUUUAGCAGAGUGGAAGGAACAUUUUUCUCAGGGUUUUCUGCAGGAUCUUCUCGUUGUUAGCACCUAACUUGUAUAUAGGCGAAACCUGUGCUAGCGUGUAACUUCCACCUUUUUUGAGGAGCCCUAGUGCUGAGAACAAAGUUUUAUACAGUCGGGGCAGAAGGGGCAAAAAGGAUUCCAUGCUGGUUGUGGUUUUGAUAAACUGGUGAGCCUCUGUAUAUAGGAAGUGGGGGAAGAGAGGAUCUGUGUUUUGGGGGGUGGGGGAGUGGUGUGUGUGCCCCUCGGGGGAAAAAAAAGUUGCCUUUGGAUCUCUCCUUUUGGUAAGUUUGAUUUUUCAGGAAAAUGGGUGUACAUCUUGCAGCCUUUGGUGGGAAUGCUCUCUUCCUCCACCACCCCCUGCUUUGGUUUGUCCCCCUCUUCUGGCCCUGAAGAGUCUUCCUCGGCAUUUGGCGUCUUCCGCAAACAGAAGCAGCCCUCACCUUUCAUGUACAAGCAGGUUCGGCAGCUGGGGUCCUUCUGGAGUGCAGGACUGGUAGGCGAGGGGUCCUGCUCCCUGCUGUGAUUCGUCUGCACGGGGUGAAUUUGGCUUCCUCACUUGCUUCUCUCCACAGAGUGAAAGGGGGGGGGAGAGGACUUCCCAAAAGCAAGGUGUCCCCCCCCCCACCUCCACCUGGGCCUAAUUAUGUUUGACUCCCAACCACAGGGGUUAAAGAUUUGCCUCUGUUCCUUGUGAUUCACUGUUUGAAAUUCAAACUUUUUACUUUUCUUUCUUUUUUAAAUGUUGGGGUGUUUUUUUUUUAAAGAACAGAUGCUCGUUUCAAAAACCUCGCCAGGCUUUGCAAGUGGCUGUCGCUCCAUCCCCGUGGAGAGCGUUCAUUCCCGCAUCCCAGCCCGACAGAGGAAUGGGGGCCUGCCAGCGCCAGAGGAUGUGGGGUCAGGGGACUGAUGUGGGGUGGGGAGCCGGGGCGGAGGGCAGCCGCCCUCUUCCAGCCUCUGGCCCUUUUGUCAGAACAUAGGAGUUAUUGCAAAGCAGGAUUCUUCUAUCUCCAUGCAUGUGUGUAUUCAGAAUGUGUGAUUGUGUGACAACUGUUUUUAUAACAAAAUUAACUGGUAUUUUAAACACUUCAGGCCACUAGAAAAAUAUUCUUCUGGGGGAGAAGGGUGUGCGUGAGAGAACGAGAGAGAGAGAGAGAGAGAGAACUCGUGUGCAAAUAACUUCAGUAGCCGGAUUUUACACGGAAGCGCGUUUGCGUGAAACUAUGAAACGCUGGUCUGGGGUAUCCCAGCACCUUGACGAAAGCAAACACGCUUCUUGGGAUCACAGGAUGAGGUGGGACAGGUGCUUGGGGCUCGAUUAGUUUUGAUACCUUCAAGAAGUUGCCACUGCUGUUAAACGGAAUAGCUUUUGAAGCUACAGUCCUUUUCGAUUAGGAGCUAAACAAGAAAAAAGCUAUCUUUCGGGGGGGGGGGGGUAAACUGCCGCAAACUUAAGACCGUCAGACCAAGAGAGAUCUUAGCAACUUUAGUAGAUGUCUUCUUUUUUCUGCACAUUUUUGUAAAAAACAAAAAAAGGAAAAAAAGGAAAAAAAUUAAAUGGUAAAAACUUACAAAAAAAAACAGCCUGUUUAAAAUCUGUUAGUGUUUUUCAUGAUUGUCUUAGUUGCUAUAGAUGAGAAGCUCAAGUGAAACGGAGGCUGUAAAUGUUUUUACAAACUGUAAAACGUUUAAGUGGCCAGUAAAAGGGGAUUGCCAUUGAACAUGUAACUGUGUGGUUGUUUACAUCUGUAACUUUCUUUCCUUAACAAUUCUGGCAUCUGUAGGUUGAAAAACUUCCAUUUUUAGAAUAAAUAACCAUUCGCUUGA